UUUGAGUUGCGUGGCUAGGGUUUUUUUUGGAGGUAGAUGGCACCUCCAUUUUGGUGACAUUUUCCUAAAUAGCAAAUAAAAAAUUGUUGAUGUGUGCGUUAGGUGUGUGGUUUAAUUAAUGAAAUUCCAAAGAACUAUGUGAAUGAAGUGAGUUGGGAAUGACUCGUUAGUUGCCUAGAGCCCCGCCCCUUUGUGAUGCCUGGAGGUGUCCGUGCGAUCUCAUUAGCCUUUGAAAUGCCUCAACGUAAUUGAAACAAAUCAAAACUAGGUUUAGGGAAAAUGGCAGGCCCCACAACAAUUAACAACAGGGGACCAUGCUUCUGGUGCAUCAAGGCCCUCAAGUGGACACCAGUCUUAUUCAUAGUUUGCAUAAUCGCGUGGUCCUACUAUGCCUACGUUGUCCAGCUUUGUCUAGCGAUUGUCGAAUCAACCCCAAAACAAGUGAUUUUCCUAGUAUUCUACCAUAUAUUUUUUAUAAUGCUGUGCUGGUCUUACUGGCAGACGAUUUUCACGGAAAUCGGGCGCGUGCCGAUCAAAUACAAAAUCGACGACGCUGACUUUCACACACUCACAGUGACCGAAUCGGCGGAAGCGCAACGCCAAAUUUUGGAAAAUGUCUCGCGGCAUUUGCCGAACACCAACGUAAACGUCCAACAUUUUCCCCGCUUUUGCGACAAGUGUAGGGUCAUUAAGCCCGACAGGGCUCACCAUUGCUCCGUUUGUGGCGAGUGCGUCCUCAAAAUGGACCAUCACUGUCCCUGGAUCAACAAUUGUGUUUGUUUCACAAAUUAUAAGUUUUUCUUGUUGUUCUUGGGCUACGCGCUGUUCUAUUGCGUGUACGUCGCCUUGACGUCUCUCCCCUAUUUCAUCGAGUUUUGGAGGGGCACGCUGGAGGGGAAAGGGAACGGGCGGUUUCACAUUCUGUUUCUGUUCUUCGUGGCGAUCAUGUUUGGAGUAAGUCUGGUCUCGUUGUUUUGUUACCACUGUUACCUGGUUAGUGAGAAUCGAACAACUCUCGAAGCAUUUCGUCCGCCGAUUUUCCGAAGCGGUCCGGAUAAGAGGGGUUUUAAUCUGGGACGGUAUAACAAUUUCCAGGAGGUUUUCGGUGAUAAUCCUCGGACUUGGUUUAUUCCGAUUAAGACUAGUUUGGGUGACGGUAUUGAAUUCCCGCUAAACUCACGUCAUCAGGCGAAUUCUUAUCAGUCCAUGGAGAACACACAGAACAGUUUGGGCGACGGGGUUACGUUCCCUCAAAGGCAUAUGGACGAAGACAGAGAAGGGCUUCUUAAUCAUAACUUAGAUGAAGAAGCAAACUAUUAUGCUUCAUAGUCAAUGUUAAGAAAACUUCUCGAUUUUUUAUAAUAUGCAUAGUUCCACGUAAAUUGUGCUUACAGUUACUUUAACGCCAAAGCACUAACAUUGUUCCUGUGUUAUGUUUUAACGAUGUUUUUCGUUCAAAAUAUAGUUUGACUGGUUUAUCCCAGUUA